UGUUUUCGAACUGUGUUGUUAUUAUUACAGAAACAAGCAAGCACAGCGCCGCAGUGCGGGAAGAAUUCAUCCUACGACAAUCCGUCCAAAGAAUUUUCUUGGCUUGCCACGUUAUCCAGCUUCUUUCUUCUACAGAGAGCGAUCGCACAUUUGGCAUAUCCACACUCACCUGGAAUUUCGAGUACCUCGCUGCUCUCCUUGACCGUGCCGACGACACUAUUCAAGUGCUACAUCAGGCUCUCCGCUCAAAUGCCUUCGAAAUAGCCAUGGGUCUCAAAGGACCCCUUGUGGAGGUGGACCCUAAUUAUAUCGACAGAGGUUUUCUUGCGAUGUUAUACUAUUACCUUGUCCACGACAAAAUCUUGACCUAUGCGUGCAAACAUGUGGACGCCUGGUCUAAUGCCAUCGUACCAAUUGUGAUACAAGACGAAACCAUCCGAAAGGACUGGUUUCCAGUCGAGAUGAAGAUACGAUUAUAUGCCAGUCUCAAGUCCAGAGAGGAAAUGAUAAGGCGACCAUCACCUGAUGAAAAGGGCUGGAUUCUACGAUGUUACUGUGGCGAUACCACAGAAGAUAUUCAGCUUAUGCAGUGCUCGGGAUGUCAGGUUGUGCGGUACUGUUCAAAGCGAUGCCAGCGUGAUUCCUGGUACAGUCAUCACAGGUGGAGCUGUAAAUUUUUGAAGGCAGCUGUUGGUUCAUCGACACCACACUACGUGAAACGUAGUCUCUGUCUGCUAUCUGGCCUAGAAGAUCAUGAGGUCUCAUACAGAUGGGGGGAUAUUCAGAGCCAGGUAGCCGUUGCGCGAUGCAAGUAUCCGCAAGAUCAGGACCGACUCGUUGUCAAGAUCAAUAUAGAUGACGAAGAAUUAUCAAUUCUACCUCUUCGACACUACCUCUUUCUGUUCAAUGGUUUCUCUGAAAAUGAGGUCGUGGACCGCUUAUCGUCAUGGCCAGAUCCAAGAGGCCAUCUUCAACGAUCGUUCUUUUGUUCGGUUAUCGCGAUAAACGAUCGAUAUUCGUCACAGCAGAUCUUAUUCAGUCCACGUACUGCAUUAGACAUGGAGACAAUACCAAUGCUCAGCCGUAAUCGUCAAUGUGCGUGAGUUCAUGUUGCGCAGAUCUUGCUUGCACUUGUUCAUCGAUAUUGAUCUUCUACAUUGGGUCAGAUCUGAGCACGCGAGAGGGAACGACCUUGAAGUAUCAAUGACUAUACGUCUUCGCUUUACACAGCACUCACAUAUUGCAUUGUUGUU